UCUGAUGAACCAAGCAUUAGUGACCAUAAACCAAGCAUUAUAUCUCGUCAUUUCACAGUUUCACUUUCACUGUCUCACUGAUUUACAAUGGAUUCCCAAAAUCUUCACCCUCAUUCUCACUCUCAUGACCACCAUAACCAUGGCGAUCACCACCAUCAUCAUCACACCCACGAGGAAAAAGAAGGAAUUGAAUAUAUAUAUCGUGAUGGAAAAGUAUAUCACAGCCAUGAUGGAUUAGCACCACAUAGUCAUGAACCCAUUUACUCACCUGGGUAUUUCAGCAGAAGAGCUCCUCCUUUGAUUACCAGAGAUUUUCAUGAAAGAGCUUUUACUGUUGGUAUUGGGGGUCCUGUUGGUACUGGGAAAACAGCUCUGAUGCUGGCUUUGUGCAAGUGUUUGAGGGACAAAUAUAGUCUUGCUGCUGUGACUAAUGACAUCUUUACAAAGGAAGAUGGAGAAUUCUUAAUAAAGCAUGGUGCACUUCCAGAGGAAAGGAUACGUGCUGUUGAAACAGGCGGCUGUCCACAUGCCGCUAUUCGUGAAGAUAUUAGCAUAAAUCUUGGUCCUCUUGAAGAGCUUUCAAAUUUAUACAAAGCAGACAUACUUCUUUGUGAAUCUGGCGGAGACAAUUUAGCAGCCAAUUUUAGCAGGGAACUGGCAGACUACAUCAUUUACAUAAUAGAUGUAUCUGCUGGAGAUAAGAUUCCACGCAAGGGAGGACCAGGCAUCACCCAAGCAGACCUUCUUGUUAUAAACAAGACUGACCUUGCCCCUGCAGUCGGAGCUGAUUUGGCUGUCAUGGAGAGAGAUGCUCUUCGUAUGCGAGAUGGAGGACCAUUCGUCUUUGCUCAGGUGAAGCACGGGUUAGGUGUAGAAGAAAUUGUCAACCACAUUCUGCAGGCCUGGGAAGUGGCAACCGGGAAGAAACAGCACUAGUCCCUCAGUUCACAGAUCAUCACUGGAAUUUUUCUACUUUCAAUAAAUUCAAAAUGCUUCUCUGUUCACAAGUAUUGUUCAUAUGCAGUCCUCUUAUAUUUUUUUUGGUGUGACUGCUACUGUCUUUCUGCUUUCGUAAUCAUGGUUUGAUACUCAGCAUUACUGUCCUAUCAUAUACAUUUUCAUGGAUGAUGAAGCUAAUAUACAGUGUAAAUGAAUAAAAGUGUGAAACUUACAAAUUGAUCUUUUAUAAAUUUAGCAGCAGAGAGCAAAUUUGGCUUUCCAUUUGCCAA